UCUACUUACGUAUUUUGGUAAUGCCCGGUCAAUCUUUACCUUCGUAUCUCGAACUUCCAGUUGUUGUGUAUAUGUCUCCGGUCUUCAAAUUUUCAAAUCUGAUACCUGGCCAGCCAAGUUGCUGUCCUGGGCCAGGCGCAUUUAUACAUUGUAAUCAUAAUAGUAACGAUAAUCGUUAUUAUUGUUGCUUCUACCACAAGUAAAUACCAGCAAGUACCAACAACAAGCAAGUCACUAUAGUAACAACAACCAUCACGACAAUAAUUAUACAGUGAGAGCAGAAUUAUGGUUUGGCGCGAAGAUAUGUCACAAGCCUACAGGAGGCAUUCAUGGCCCUUAAAAAUCGUUGACCGAGUUUUCUUAUUGGUUUUCCUCUUUGGAGGGCUUCUGCUGACGUGGUACGAAGGUUUUCUCAUUCUGCCAACCUACUAUUCCGAAGUGUCCUUUAUCGUCGUCGUGCAUGUUGUUGUUUUCGUCAUGCUUAUUUCACAUAUCUAUGCAAACAUGAUUCUUUUAGUGCUGACGGACACAUCAGUGAGGUGUCGCACUCACUUGCCUCUGGUCAGUCAAACCUGGAGAUUUUGCCAGGACUGCGACGCUCACGUGCCAGCUCGCUCACAUCACUGCCUCAACUGCAACGUCUGCAUCCUUCGGCACGACCACCACUGCUGGUUCACUGGCUGCUGCAUUGGCUACCGAAACCAACGAUAUUUCUGUGUCAUGCUGCUGUAUAUGUUCAUCAUGGCCCUUUACUGUAACCUUUUCAACUACGAGUUUGUGUGCCGACUAAAGGGGCCUCUCGGCUUCUUCAACAUCAUUUCAUUUGCGAUGCCCCACGUUGGGUGGGUUUUGGGUUACUAUGAUGCAUAUACCUUUUUUGUUACUACAAUGAGCGCCAUUGGAUUCCUACUUCUGCUCCUCUUCGUCUGGUCACUGAAAAACCAAGCCAAGCAGAUCCUGUAUGGACAGACACAGUAUGAAUACAAAAAGAAAAUCACAUGCUUCGACAUGGGUUUCAAACACAACUUCAACAAUGUUUUUGGUCCACACUGGUUCCUAGUUCUCAUCUUUCCCUGGAUUAAGUCAAAACUUCCUGGAGAUGGUUUUGUAUUCCAAAUGAAAAACACGUAAUUUGUUAUGCUAAUUAAUUAACAUACAUUAAUUAAAUUAGCUUAAAGUAAUUAAAUUUCUCAACUACACACCAAUACUUGUCCCCCCCCACACGCACACAGUAUUUCUCUGUAGUGAUGAUUUUUUUUUUUGUUUCACCCAUAUUUAGCUCAUUUUUUAUUCAGAGACACUUCAUGGCCUUGUGGUUAGGGUGUUGGACUCAUGAUUGUAAGAUUGUGGUUUCAAUUCCUGAAUUGGCUGAUGCAUUGUGUUCUUGAGCAAAACACUUCAUUUCAAGUUGCCCCAGUCCACUCAGCUGGCAAAAAUGAGUAACCAUGCAACAGACCAGUGUUCCAUCCUGAAAAAUAUUGGGGUAAGGACUCUCUUCAGUCAUGAAUGACCACAGGACUGCACCUAGAAAGUUCCACUCCAAGGUAUUAGUCCAGGCAAGGUUGUUUAUGGAAGACCAUCAAUGCCACAUGCACACCAGCCUCCCCUCUCCACACCAUUAUAUGUACAUAGGGUAAAGGGUAAAAACCUCCUUUGGUCAAGAAUGACCAUGGGAUUUCACCUAGUAAGUUCCCCUCCAAGGUAUAAAUCUUCGCAAGGUUGUUUAUGGAAGACCAGCAGUUGCCCCAUGCAUACUAGUGUCCCCGGAUGUUUCUAUGAUGUAUAUAUUUUUCUUUGUAGAGGCACAUGGCUCAGUGGUUAAAGUGUUAGGCUCACAAUCAUGAGGUAGUGGCUGCAUCAGCCAAUCGAUCUACUUUUGAACACAACCUCUUGAUGCUCUAACCAGAACAACUAGAAGACACUUAUUUGAGGUGCCUCACUGUUAGGUUGAACCCUAAAACAUGAGGUUUGGAAGUGGAUUUCAUAACCACACUGCCAUGAUUAGAAUGAUACACACACACACUUGUAUGUAUCUAAAUAAUAUAAUUUACUAUGUGUGUGUGUGUAUAUAUAUAUAUCAUCAUCAUCAUCGUUUAACGUCCGCUUUCCAUGCUAGCAUGGGUUGGACGAUUUGACUGAGGACUGGUGAAACCGGAUGGCAACACCAGGCUCCAGUCUGAUUUGGCAGAGUUUCUACAGCUGGAUGCCCUUCCUAACGCCAACCACUCAGAGAGUGUAGUGGGUGCUUUUACGUGUCACCCGCACGAAAACGGCCACGCUCGAAAUGGUGUCUUUUAUGUGCCACCC